AUGAACGAUGACGGUUCUCUGUCGCACGACUCGUUGGGGCCGCGGGCUCUAGCUAUCGUCACACCCUUUUUCGUUCUUGCCAUCCUCAUUUUCUCAGUAAGAAUCUAUACUCGCGUAACUCCGACACAUAAGCUGGAUGCCUCGGAUUAUACGAUCUCGAUCGCAAUCCUCUUCGAAGUAGUCAUUUACUCGCUCUUCGCAAUUACCGUUGCUUCUGGAUUUGGCCGUCACAGCUACGAUGAUAUCCGUCGGGUGUCUACUACUGAAAUUCGCCCGGACCACGACGUGGCGCGCAUUCAUCUGUUCCUGCAGUGUCGGCCGAUUAAUGCCCAUUGGGAAGAAGUUCCGGGUGCCCGGUGUUUCAGCGCGGAGCAAAUUUGGAUAUGCGGCUACGUGAUCGUAGCAGCUGCCAUGUUCGGCGAUUUGACGUUGGCAGUCAUGCCAAUGUUCCUGAUUUGGAAGCUGAGUCGAUCAAUCGUGGAACGUUGUCUUCUCACCUUCUUGAUGGCGCUUGGUCUCGUUGCAACCACUGCCGUUGUCAUGAGGGUCGUCAUCAUGCACACCUUUGACUACACUUCCCCUGAAAACUUCUUCCGCGCCGCUACUCAAGUCCCCAAUUGA